GUUGGUGAGGAGAUCGAGAUUCGACCAGGUCUCGUAUCCAAGGCAGAAAAGGGUCACAUUAUCUGCCGACCUAUUCGCUCCUGCAUCCUCUCCCUAUUUGCUGAACAGAAUGACCUUGCCUAUGCCGUACCGGGUGGCCUGAUCGGCGUAGGUACCAAAAUUGAUCCGCAGCUUUGUCGAGCCGAUCGCCUGGUUGGACAUGUACUUGGUGCUGUUGGCAGUCUUCCUGAGAUUUUUAUUGAAUUAGAGAUCUCAUUCUUUCUUUUGCGUCGUCUUUUGGGUGUGCGCACUGAUGGUGAUCGAAAAGGCGCAAAGGUCUGA